GGGGCGUGGUUUGCAGCUUUCCGAGCGCCGAGGAGCGGAGCGCGCUCUGCUGCGCCCCGAGCCUUCCGCUGGACCAAAAAGGCGAGUGGGAGACCGAGCAAAAGGCGCGAUCGAAGGAGCAAGUUCACUUCUUUAACUGAGAUGAACAUGAUAUAAUCUCCAUUGAGUCAAAGGAUGGCAUCUAGUCCUGUGCUUCCCACCGAAGACGAACAGGUUUCCUUGGGCAUCGAUGAUCUCCAUUUUUCAUUGCAAGCUGAACAGGAAGACACUCAGAAGAAAACCUUCACAUGCUGGAUAAACUCACAGUUGGCAAAGCACACCCCUCCCUCAGUUGUAUCGGACCUGUUCGCAGACAUUAAAAAGGGGCAUGUCCUCCUGGACCUGCUGGAAGUACUCUCAGGACAACAGUUGCCUCGAGAUAAAGGAUCUAAUACAUUCCAGUGUAGAAUCAAUAUAGAACAUGCCCUGAGAUUCCUAAAAAACCGAUCAAUCAAGCUAAUAAAUAUUCACGUUACCGAUAUUGUAGAUGGAAACCCAUCCAUUAUUCUUGGCCUAAUUUGGACAAUUAUACUGCACUUUCAUAUUGAGGAGCUUGCCCGGACUCUUUCUUGCAAUUACAAUCAACCUUCCCUGGACAGUGUGAGUGUGGUCGACUCAUCUCCUACCUCAAGUCCUCCAGCUAAGAAAUGCUCCAAAGUCCAAGAAAGAUGGCAGAUGUCUGCAAAGAAGGCUCUUCUCCAGUGGGCUCAGGAGCAAUGUGCCGCGUUUGAGUCUGUCAGGGUGACGGAUUUUAAGGCAAGCUGGAGAAAUGGGAUGGCUUUUUUGGCUGUCAUCCACGCCUUGCGACCAGACCUGAUCGACAUGAAGAGUGUGAAGCACAGAUCCAACAGGGACAAUCUGAAAGAGGCCUUCAGAAUUGCAGAACGAGAAUUAAAGAUCCCCAAAAUGCUGGAACCAGAAGAUGUGGAUGUUGUUAAUCCUGAUGAAAAGUCAAUCAUGACCUAUGUGGCACAGUUUUUGCAAUAUUCAAAGGAUGCACCUGGGACUGGAGAUAAAGCCCAGGGAAAGGUGAAAGAUGCUAUGGUCUGGUUAACUCUACAAGAGAAAAAGCUACAGAAAACGCUAACGGAUUCAGAAAAUGAGACCUACUGUAAGAAGUAUGAAAGCCUGCUGUCCUUUUUGGAGUCAUUCAAUGAAGGAAAAAAACCCUUUCUGGAUGUCCUGUCGAUAACAAGGAAUCUAGAUGAGCUGAAUGAAGAUCAGUUACAGUUGAGAGAAGCCUGGGAUGGUCUCAACUGCCAGAUUAAUGUGUGGAAAACAGAGUUGAAUCAUGUCUUGCCCUCACCCCUCUAUCAAAUAGAAACUUGGCUCCAGGGGGUGGAGGAGCUUAUAGAUGAAGAUUUGCCAGCCUCCCAGGAUUACUAUGAAGCCAUGGCUCUAAUGCAAGAGAAAAUGACUUUAUUCCAGAGUCUGAUGGAUAAAUUUGACUGUCAUUUGAAUACUCUCCUGACAUUUGAAAAUAGAGAUGAAAAACAUUUGCCAUUGGUACCACCUAACAAAUUGGAGGAAAUGAAAAGACGAAUCAACAACAUUUCGGGGGAAAAAUUCAUUCCACUUCUAGAAUUUCAUUACUAUAAGUGCUCAGUUCUUGGUUUGCUAGAUGAAGUGAAAUCAAAAUUGGUUGUUUGGAACAUCAAAUACGGGAGCAAAGAAUCUGUGGAAUUAUUGCUGGAAGACUGGCAUAAAUUUAUUGAAGAAAAAGAGUUCUUAGCUCAACUUGAAGCUUCUUUUCAAAAAUGUGAAGAAAUUCAUAAGAAUUUGGCUGGAGAAUAUCCAAAUAUUAGUAAACAAUAUACAAUGGUGGAAUAUCAUUUUUGCAUGUAUAGAAAAAAUAUAUAUAAUGUGAAGUCCACUCUACAAAAAGUUCUGGCAUGUUGGACAAUUUAUGUGGAAAAGCUUCGUUUACUAAAGGCUUGUUUUGAGGAAACAAAGAAGGAACAGAUGAAAGAGGUUCCCUUUGAGACACUGUCCCAGUGGAAUCUAGAACAUACUACUUUAAAUGAAGUGGGAAAUUUCUUAAUUCAAGUCAGCAAUGAUGAAGUUGGAUCAUCUAUUUCUAAAGAACUGAGGAGACUGAAUAAAAGAUGGAGAAAGUUUAUUACAAAAACUCAGCUUGAAAUGAACCUGCCCCUUAUAAAAAAGCAAGAUGAGCCCUUUCUUGACAAUUCUGGAAAUACUCAACUAUCUAAAGAAGAGAAACUAACUGCUGAUUUUUCAACAGAUAUGUCAAUAGAACUUCCUGAAAAUCGCAGUCAGAAUAUUAUGGCUGGGGAAGAACAUGAAAAAGAAAAUGAAGAAUUUACAGGGACACUGAAAGUGGCUGAAGAGGUUGAAAAACUGGUUGGACAAGUGGAAAUCUGGGAGGCGGAAACCACAUCUGUUUUGGAUCUUCUGAGACAGCUAGGUGAUGUAGAUACCUCAGUGGAAGAAUCUUUGCAGCAUCUUAUUGCCAAAGGCUCUAUGUAUGAAGAGCUUGUGUCUAGAACUGAUGACACUUUACAAAUGGAUGUGCAAAAUGUUUCAAGCCAGGAGUCUCUUCAGUAUGUGAUCACAGCUGGGCUUCAAGCAAAGAUUCAAGAAGCUAAAGAGAAAGUCCAGAUCAAUAUGGUAAAAUUAGUAGCAGUGUUGAAGAACUCAACUGAUGUUUCCCCAGACCUGGAUGUCAGGCUGAAGGUGGAAGAAUCACAGAAGGAACUUGAAUCAUACAUUACAAGGGCUGAACAAUUACUUGGCCAAAGAGAGAGCCAGAGAGGACUAAUUUCAAAAUACAAGGAAGCACUAAUAAUUUUUAAUACUAAAAGUCUGGCCAAGUAUUUGAAAGCUGUUGAAGAAUUGAAAAAUAAUGUAACUGAGGAUGUAAAGCUGUCUUUGGAAGAAAAGAGUAGAGAUAUCUGUGCCAAGUGGGAGUCGCUUCAUCAUGAAAUGUCUUUGUAUAUUCAACAACUAAAAAUAGACAUUGAAAAAGAAAAACUUAGUGACAAUAUUGCAAAACUCGAAAAACAAAUAAAUAAAGAAAAGAAACUAAUUCGCAGAGGAAGGACCAAGGGUCUCAUCAAGGAACAUGAGGCCUGCUUUUCAGAGGAAGGCAGCCUGUACCAGCUUGAUCACCACAUGGAUGUCCUGCGGGAGCUGUGUGAAGAGCUGACUUCACAGAAGAGUCAGCAAGAAGUGAGGAGAGUGCUGAAAGAUUACGAACAGAAGUUAGAAAGGCUUCGGAAAUGUGCUUCCGAGAUUCAUAUGACACUGCAACCCAUGGUGGGAGGCACGUCGAAAAACAAGGGUACCGCAGACACAUCUGAGAAUGUAGGAAGGAACGCCCUCAGCGAGGUGCCAUCUGCAAAAUCAGACAAUCAGCCAUCAGCUGAAAAGGCAAUGGAAUCGAUUAAGGAUUUUAGCCUGGAAUCCAAGUUAAAGCCUCAACAGGAGGAAAGUGUUAUGGAGAAAUAUGAAAAGGAUCACAGUGCAUCUAUAAAUAGUUUACUAGAGAGGUAUGAUACACACAGAGACAAUCUUGAACUACACCUGCAAAACAGCAUUGUCAGGAUUAUUUCUGAUUUCUCUAGUGACAAGGAAAGGAGUAGUGUUUGUCUACAGGAUAAACUGGCAGAUCUACAGGUCUUAAAAAAUGAAACUGAUGCUUGCUGGAAAGAGUUUGAAGUCACUUCACUGAAGUUAGAAGAGCUGGAAAGUGACAUUAGGAAGCCUUUUCUAGUUAAGGCAAGAGAUAAAUUAAAGGAGAAAGAAAGAGAGCUUCAGAUGACUCUUAAUACCAGAAUGGAGUCUUUGGAGACUGCGCUGCAUAUUGUGUUACCUGUGGAGAAGGAGUUGCUCCUUCUCUGUGACUCAGACCUGCUCCUCUGUGAAAUGGCCAUUCAAGAAUUUAAUCUCACUGAUGCUGAUGACAUUUAUCGAAACCUGAGGAAUAUCCAAGAUUCCAUAGUAAAACAGAUUGAAAUAUGUAAUCAUUUGGAACAGUCAGGCAACUUUGCAUUAAAGGAAUUAAACCCGCUUGACCUGCAUGCAGCACAGAAUAUUAUCCUGAAACACAGAACACAACUCGAAGAAAUGAACCACAGAGUCCAGAGGAGUAAAGAUGCCCUCAAAGUUCUGGAAGAUUUUUUGGCUUCUCUGAGAGGAGCCGAACUCUCUGGUGAGCUUCUUAUAGACCUUUCAGCCUCAGGUUCACAGGUGGUACCAGGAAAUACUUUGACGGUGGAAAAUAAAGAGGGAAGAAUUCAUCAGAUGAAAGACAAGGCCAGACAUUUGGACGAACGUUUGAAGGUGCUCGGUAUAAGCAUUAAAGAUGCUGAACGGGGUGAAAACACCUCCUGUGAAAAACUUCUGAAUGCUUUGUCCAGAAGCUUAUCUGAGACACAUGGCUCUGGCAGACAGGAGAAACUCACUGAAGAAGAUGAAUUAUUAGAGACUUGUAUUUUCAAAAAUAAUGAACUCCUGAAAAAUAUUCAAGAUGUACACAAUCAAAUCAGCAAAAUAGGCCUGAAAGAUCCCACCGUUCCAGCUGUAAAACAACGGAAAAAAUCGUUACUCAGACUGGAUAAGGAUCUAGAUGAAUGUGGAGAAGAUAAGAAACACUUGCAAGAAAUGGUGAAUUCUCUUCCACAAUUCAAAGACGGCAGAGAGAAAGCUCUGAGUCAACAGUGCCAAGGCACAGCACUCUUGUGGGAGAAUACAAAAGCUUCGGUCACUGAAUGCCUUGACCAAUGUGAAAGAGUUUUGGAGCUCUUAAAACAAUAUCAGAAUUUUAAAAGUGUCCUGACAACUUUGAUUCAAAAAGAAGAGAAUAUCAUCUCCCUCCAGGCUUCCUACAUGGGAAAGGAGAACUUGAAGAAAAGGAUAGCAGAGAUUGAAGUUGUUAAAGAAGAAUUUAAUGAACAUUUAGAAGUUGUAGACAAGAUUAACCAGAUCUGCAAAAAUCUACAAUUUCAUCUAAAUAAAAUGAGAAACUUUGAAGAGCCUCCUUUUGAGAAAGAGGCUAAUAUUAUUGUGGAUAGAUGGCUUGAUAUAAAUGAGAAGACAGAAGACUACUAUGAAAAUCUUGGUCGAGCUCUAGCUUUAUGGGACAAGCUUUUUAACUUAAAAAAUGGGAUUGAUGAGUGGACUGAAAAGAUCCUUCAAAAAAUGGAAUUACAUCAACUGACUGAAGAGGAAAGAGAAAAGCUGAAGGAAGAGUUACAAGUCCAUGAACAAAAACCUUCAGAAUUUUCUAAAAGAGUGGCUAAGAUACAGUUCCUGCUUCAAAGCAGUGAAAUACCUCUUGAAUUACAGGUCAUGGAGUCCUCUAUUUUGAACAAGAUAGAACAUGUGAAAAUGCGUUUAACAGGAGAAUCCAACUGCAGUGCACUCGUUGGCAGCACAGCUGAGUUAAGGGAGGAUCUCCACCAGGCUAAGACCCAGAUUGGAAUGACUGAGUCCCUCUUAAAUGCCCUGUCUCCUUCUGACAGCUUGGAGAUCUUUACUAAACUAGAGGAGAUUCAACAGCAAAUUCUACAGCAGAAACACAGUAUGAUAUUACUUGAGAAUCAAAUAGGUUGUCUGACUCCUGAACUCUCUGAAUUAAAAAAGCAGUACGAAAGUGUCAGUGAUUUAUUUAAUACGAAAAAAAGUGUUUUGCAAGAUCACUUCUCUAAGUUACUGAAUGAUCAGUGCAAGAACUUUAAUGACUGGUUUGGCAACGUUAAAAUGAACCUUAAGGAGUGUUUUGAACCAUCAGAAACAAAAAAGAGUGUGGAACAAAAACUACAAAAACUUUCUGAUUUCUUGACUCUUGAAGGAAGAGGCAGUGAAAUACAGCAGGUGGGAACUGUACUGAAUCAUGUGAAAAAUCAUCUGCCCAAAGCACCUGUUAAGAAGCUUAACAGUUGGAUCGUAAGUCAAGAAGUUGAAUUAGAAAAAAUGGAGUCCAUAUGCCAGGCACGAGCAAAGGAGCUUGAUGAGUGCUUGCAGCAGCUACUGAGACUCCAGAAUGACCACAGAAACCUGAGUAAGUGGUUUACUAAUCAAGAAGAGAAAUGGAAAGAAAUGGAAGGAACAAGAGAGAAAACUGAGCUAUUUUGCCAAGCUCUAGCUAGAAAGAGGGAACAAUUCGAAUCUAUGGCCCAGUUGAACAACUCUGUGAAGGAAUAUGGGAUUACUGAGGAAGAAGAAAUAGUAACAGAAUCAACACAUUUGAUCAAUAGAUACCAGACAUUAUUGGGACAAUUAUGUGAAAUUGAUGAAGAGGAUAAGUUACCUCCUGCCAAGGACCAGAGCUUUAAUGAUCUUGCACAUGAUGUAACUCGUUGGAUAACAGGGAUUAAAGAGUCCCUGAUGGUUUUGAAUUCAUCUGAAGGCAAAAUGCCCCUCGAGGAAAGAAUCCAAAAAAUAAAGGAAAUCAUUUUACUAAAGCCUGAAGGGGACGCUAAAAUACAGACCAUCGUGAGUCAGGCUGAGAGCAGCAAGGCUCCGAUGGUUCCAAAGACCCUUACUGAUAUCAAGAGCCAGUGGGACAACACACUCCAUUUAGCCAACACAUAUCUAAGCCAUCAAGAAAAGCUUCUACUAGAAGGCGAGAAGUAUUUGCAAAGUAAAGAGGAUCUGAGAUUAAUGCUCACAGAACUAAAAAAGAAACAAGAAGUGGGCUUUGCUGUGCAACAUGGUUUACAGGAGAAGAAAGCUCAAUUAAAAAUUUAUAAGAAAUUCCUCCAGAAAGCACAAGAUUUGACAUCCUUACUAGAGGAGUUAAAAUCUCAAGGAAAUUACCUCUUAGAGUGCACUAAAAAUCCCAACUUUAGUGAAGAGCCGUGGCUGGAAAUAAAGCAUCUACAUGAAAGUCUUCUUCAACAACUACAGGAGUCUGUGCAAAAAUUGGAAGGUCAUGUUCAAGAACACGACUCAUACCAGGUUUGCAUCACAGACCUAAAUACUGCAUUGGACUAUAUCUCCAAGGAAUUUGUCGGUUUUUCUGAUAAGCCUGUGGAUCAAAUAGCAGUUGAGGAAAAAAUGCAGAAACUGCAGGAACUAGAGAAUAGUCUCCGUUUACAAGAUGGCACAUUAGAGAAGAUUUUAGCUUUAGCAAAAUCCAUCAAGCAAAAUACAUCUUCAGUGGGACAGAAGAUUAUUAAAGAUGAUAUAAAAUCACUUAAAUGUAAACAGAAAGAUUUGGAAAACAGACUUGAAUCUGCUAAACAGGAGAUGGAAAAUUGUCUCAACAGCAUUCUCAAAUCAAAAUGCUCAACAGAAAAGAAAGAAAAGUUUCCUCUGCCAGGCAGAGAGGAGCAGGUCACUUCUGAUGUACAGGAGUCCACUCAGGACUCAGCUGCAGUAGAAAAGUUGGAGGAAGACUGGGAAAUAAAUAAGAAUUCAGCUGUGGAAAUGGUUUUGUCAAAACAACUUCCUCUUGAUGUUCAAGAAAGCAUGAAAACCACUGAAGAUGAGCAGAAAGUCAAUGAGCUGCAAAAUCAACCUUUAGAAUUAGAUGUUAUAUUAAGAAAUGAACAAUUAAAAGAGAUAGAGGAAUUAUGUACCCAGUUGGAAGCAAAGAAAGCAGCCAUUGAACCACUAGAACAAAUUGAAUAUCUUAAGAAAGCAGAAACAAGUGCCUUGUUUCCCCACAGUGAAAGGUAUUCAGUGCAGCACUUGGACAAUCUGCUUCAGGCACUUAUUACUUUGAAGAAAAAGAAAGAAAGCCAAUACUGUCUCCUUAAAGAUUUUCAGGAACACCUCGCAGCAGUUGAAUCCUCGAUGAAAGCCUUUUUGACAGAAAAGGAAAGUCUAAAAGUGGGACCACUGGACAGUGCAACCUAUAUGGACAAAAUUAAAAAAUUACUGGCAUCAAUAGAAAAAGAGAAAGAUUCUUUAAGCAAGAUGAAAAUCGAAUGGGAAAAUUUAUCAAACUGUCUGACUGACAUGGAUAAGAAGCUGUUGGAAAGCCAGAUGAAGCAACUUGAACAUGGUUGGGAGCAAAUGGAACAACUGGUCCAGAAGAAGUAUUCUCAGCAAGUGGUGGGACAUGAUGAGUUUACGUUUCUCAUGAGUAAGAUCCAAGACCUUGAAAUUUCUCUGCAGCAGCAGCAGCAGUGCCUGCAGUUAAGGCUGGACUCUCCAGAAGAAGAAGGGAAUCAAAGCAUGGUUGCCUUGGCCACUGAACUCCAGACUAUCAAGCAUAGAUUUUCUGUGUUCAAGGGGCGAGCUGAACUUCAGAUGAAGAGGAUUUGGGGAGAAAAAGAAAAGAAGAUUUUAGAAGAUGCAAUAAAUAAUUUGCAGAAGCAAUUGGAAGCAUUGGAACCAUUAAACAUAGAGGUGGAAAAUCAGAUCAAGAAGUGUGAAACCAGGUACAAGACGAAAGAGGCUAUCUUAUGGGUCAAAAAUCUGUUAGGUGAACUCAUCCCUACCAUUUCCCUUCUCCCAGACAAUAUUCUUUCACAGAUCAGAAAAUGCAAGGUGGUGCACGAUGGCAUUCUAGAUAAGCAGCAGGUUGUGGAGUCAUUGGUUGAAGAGGUCAAAGAUAAUAUUCCUAACCUUACAGCAUAUGAGAGCAGUGAUUUAAAUAACCUCCUACAGGACUUACAGAAUCAAUACCAAAUGCUAGUUUUAAAAUCAACUCAAAGAUCACAGCAAUUAGAAUUUAAAUUGGAAGAAAGAAGCAAAUUUGUUGGGGUAAUAGGGAAGGUUCAACUUUCACUUCAAGGAAAUGAAACACUGAUGAUCCCCAAGAUGGAAACAACCUCCACAGAAGCUGAACUAGAACAUCAGUAUGUCACUUUGACCAUUUCUCAGAAGGAAUUGCAGGAAAUUGAGAGUGUAAUCGCAACACAUCUUCAGGAACAAACAAACAUCUGUAAAGAUCUAAGUGUAUUUGAAAGAUUAUUUCUAGAUGAUCAAUUGAAAAAUCUUAAGACUAGAGCCAACAGAACACAAAGAUUCAUUCAAAAUAAAUGUAAUGAAGUAGAACACAAGAUAAAUUUUUAUAGAGAAUUUCAUGAAAAAACAUCUGUGCUUCAGAAGGAGAUUGACCAUAUACAGCACAAUGAACUGCUACUAAAUCCAGAAAUAAAUCCAGAUGUUAAAGAGGAGUUGUAUUGUCUUAAAGACCAAAUCACUGGUAUUCGAUCUAGUAUCCUACAAGUAUUGAAACUCAAAGAAGUGUUUGACUGUAUGGGACUAAAUUGGGAUUGGUCCCAACUUGACCAAUUACAAACCCAAAUACUUGAAAAAGAAAAGGAACUUGAAGAAAAAAUUAAGCGGUUAGAUACAUUUGUGGCAGAAUAUGGCAAAUAUCAGGCAUCACUAGGUAAACUGAGGGCUAUGGAUCUGCAAGUUAAGAAAAGGGCUGAAGCACUGCUAACAACGCCUAACACCCCACCAGAAAGCAGUCUGCUCAAUGCUCAAAUUUUGAAUCAGAGAAUCAGGAAAGUCAUGUGCUUGUAUCAUGAAAUAAUCAAGAAACUAAGUGAAAAUAAGGACUUUGAUGACUCAUUCAAAGAGAAAGAAAUGCUACAAAUAAAGCUGUAUGCAGAAGAAAAUGAUAAGUUACACAAGGUUCUCCAAAAUAUAGUCCUGGAAUCCCAACCGAAAGAAAUGGAUGAAAAGAAUUUUCAGGACAAACUAGAAAAUUCCUUACAUGUUUUAAAUCAGAUAAAAUCUCAGUUACAACAGCCUUUACUUAUAAAUUUGCAAAUUGAACAUAUUCAAAAUGAAAAAGUUAAUUGUGAAAUGUUUCAAGAACAAGUUCAGGCAGAAAUGGAUAGCAUUAAAGCUGUGACUGUUCUUGAGAAGCAAAGAGAAGAACACUCUUCUGAAGCUAGUGAUGUGGAGACAAAAUUACAUGACAUUGAAGAUCUUCACAUGCAGCUUAACGCAAGCAUUGAUUCGCGCACAAAUGUCUUGAAUGAUGCUUAUGAAAAUAUGGCACGCUAUAAUGAAGCAGUCUCCAGGGCCAUGGGGAUCAUCACUGCCCUUGAAGCCAUCAUUGCAUCCCAUAGAGUAGACCUUGAUAAUCCAGAAGAAUCAAUAGAGAUGCCUCGCUGCAAACAAGAGGAACUGAAGUCCACAAUAACAGACAUCCAGGACCUCACCGAGAAUUUGGGGACUAUAUCCAGCCCAGAAGCUAAACGACAACUUGAGUGUACUUUACAGGAAUUAGUUUCUAAGAACUCAGCCAUGAGGGAGGCAGCCAAAGUAAAGGAAGCUGAAGUAGAAAGGUGUCUUGAAAAUUACAAAGGCUAUAGAAAAAUAAAAGAGAAAAUUUGCACUAACCUCAGCCAGAUGGAGACAGUUCUUGGGCAGUCCAUGUCCCCAUUGCCAACGUCAUACAAAGAAGCUUUAAAGCGCUUGGAACAGAGCAAGGCCUUGGUGUCAAAUCUCACGUCAGCCGAAGAAGAGCUCAUGAAAGUACGACGGGUCCUCAGACACUUGAGACCCACCUGCACAGAUAGUGACAGCCUCUGUUUACUCAGAAGCACAUCUGCUCUAUGGGAGAGAUGGCUGAGUUUGAUGGAAGCUGUUAAAGAAUGGGAGUUGUGGUGUGAAGAACUGAAGCAGGAGUGGAAAUUUAUCCAUGAAGAAAUUGAACGAGAAGCAAUUAUUUUAGAUAAUCUUCAAGAAGAACUCCCUGAAAUUUCCAAAACAAAGGAGGCAGCCACCACAGAGGAAUUCUCAGAGCUGCUGGAUUGUUUAUGCCAAUAUGAAGAGAAUGUGGAGAGGCAGCAGCUGUUACUGGCCCUACUUCUGCAGCGCAUAAAAAAUAUCCAGAACACUCCUGAAGGCUUAAGGGCUGUGGAAACUGUUUCUGCAUCUCAAGAGAUUAUGUCUAUGCAAGAACGAUGCAACAAGCUUUUCCAGAAGGCUCAAAAAAAUAAGGAAUUGAUGCAGAAUGAAAUCCAAGAAAGACAUGCCUUUACAAAAGAAAUAAUUACUUUGAAGAAUUCAUUUCAGCAGACUACAACCUUUUUCCAAAAUAUGGAAUUACAAGACCACCCAGAAAAGGCAGAACAGCUUGAGGAGCUUCAAAGCAUUCUUAAGAAAGGGAAGCUAACUUUUGAGAAUAUUAUGGAAAAACUGCGAAUCAAGUAUUCUGAAAUGUACACCAUAGUCCCUGCAGAGAUUGAAUCCCAGGUGGAAGAAUGCAGAAAAGCUUUAGAAGACGUAGAUGAGAAGAUCAGCAAUGAAGUCUUGAAAAGCUCACCAUCAUAUUCAAUGAGUCGAAAAAUAGAUGAAAUUAACAACGGGCUUCGGAAUGUUGAAAAGAUGUUGCAGCAGAAAAGCAAAAAUAUUGAGGAAGCUCAAGAAAUUCAAAAGACGAUGUGGGAUGAGCUGGAUCUCUGGCACUCCAAGCUAAAUGAGCUGGAUUCUGAAGUUCAGGACAUUGUUGAACAGGACCCAGGACAAGCUCAAGAAUGGAUGGAUAACUUGAUGAUUCCUUUCCAGCAGUAUCAGCAAGUAUCACAGAGGGCAGAAUAUAGAACCUCACAAUUAAACAAGGCCACAAUUAAGCUGGAGGAGUAUCAUGAUCUUUUGAAGAGUACUGAGGCUUGGAUAGAAAAUACCAGUCGUUUGCUGGCUGAUCCUGCAGACUAUGACUCUUCAAAGACGCUGAGUCACCACGCUAGCACCCUUCAGAUGGCUUUGGAAGAUUCAGAACAGAAGCACAAUCUUCUGCAUUCAGUUUUCACGGAUCUAGAAGACUUGUCAAUAAUUUUUGAAACAGAUACUUUAGCACAGCCUAUACAAGAGUUAAGUCAUCAAAUAGUAGCUUUACGACAAAAAAUCAUAGAAAGCCUUCCACAGAUUCAACGAAUGGCUGAUGAUGUGGUUGCCAUUGAAACGGAAGUAAAAUCAAUGGAGAAAAGAGUUUCAAAAAUCAAAGCUAUCCUGUUAUCAAAAGAAAUAUUUGACUUUUCACCUGAAGAGCAUCUUAAGCAUGGGGAGGUCAUACUGGAAAAUAUACAUCCCAUGAAGAAAACCAUUGCUGAAAUCGUGUCUUACCAAGUGGAACUGAGGUUACCCCAGACAGGAAUGAAGCCUCUGCCUGUGUUUCAGCGGACAAAUCAGCUUUUGCAAGAUAUAAAACUGUUGGAAAAUGUGACUCAGGAACAAAAUGAGUUAUUAAAGAUAGUCAUAAAACAGACAAAUGAAUGCGAUGAAGAAAUAGAAAAAUUGAAACAGAUCUUAAAUAAUUAUUCAGCUGAAUUCUCCCAUGAACAUAUGUCACCAGACCGAGCUGCCAACCUGCCACAAGUACAGGGAGAAAUCGAAGGUACGGAAAAGCAGAUUCUGAGCUUGAACCAGAAAAAAGAAGACCUGUUGGUGGACUUGAAGGCUGCCAUACUAAAACUUCACCAGCAUUUUCAGCAAAAACAGCAAGAAUUAGAAAAGGAAAUGCUGUCAGCCGGAGCAUCAGAUGAGGAUGGAGGGGCUGAGAGGGAUGCUUCUGAAUGGAAGUUGAACAGAACGGGCUCCAUCUUCUUCCUGCCAGCAGUCGCGGAAGAGGCGGAAGAAAUCUCCCUGAAGAGCGAAAGUGGAGAUAAGAAAGCAGAGCCAUCUUCCGGGUCCCCAUCUUUACUCUGGAAACAUGACGAGGACGUGGAGGAAGACAGGGCAUCCUCGUCCUCUGGAACGAUGGUUCAGGAGGCAGCUCAGAAAAUAAGCAUGUGUGAUAGUUCCAUGGCACAGAUUUUUGCACAAGACUCACUAAACACUGAGCAAGGCCCAGAAUUUUCCCUGAGCCCCAACCAAACACAAGAGGGUACCACACCUCCUAUCAAGGUUUCAGCUCCGGGCUUUUCUGAUGAGCAAGGAGCUUUUGAGGCCACGGUGGAGAAAGCGAGGCCCAAGCCUGCGGAAGUCCUCCAUGUCUGCAAGAACCAGGUGGCUGAGCUGGAGCUGUGGCUGCAGCAAGCCAACGUGGCAUUCGAGCCGGAAACGUUAGAUGCAGACAUGCAGCAGGCGGUGGAACAGCAGCUGGUAGGGUGCCAGGCUAUGCUAACAGAGAUUGAGCACAAGGUCGCCUCUCUGUUAGAGAAUUGCAAAGAUCAGGGCCUGGGAGACAGUGGAGCCACUCAACAGGAGGCUGAAGCACUUUCCUGGAAACUAAAAACCGUGAAGUGCAAUUUGGAAAAAGUCCAGAUGAUGCUGCAGGAGAAAUACAGCGAGAACCAGCAUUCUGCCAUGCUAAAGAAAUCUUCCGAGCAGCAGACAGUUCUCCAACCAGAUAACCUUUCUGAAUUUGAAUCUAUUGUAACUGAAAGGCCACAGUUCAGCAGACAAAAAGAUUUCCAGCAGCAACAGGUUCUGGAGUUAAAACCAAUGGAACAGAAAGAUUUAAUCAAAUUCACAGAAUUUAAUGCUAACAAAAUAUGGCCUCAGUAUCGCCAACAUGAUGAAGAUACAACUCAGACAUCAUCUGUGAGCAGUAAGGCAUCUAGCCCUGAAAAUGAUGCUCCAGACUUGAUCUUGUCAACCCAGGGCCAAAGUGGAGAUAAAUGGCAAUAUUUACAUCAUGAGCUUUCAUCAAAAAUUCGGCUCCCUCUACCUCAGCUUGUGCAGCCCCAGGUUGCCACAAAUAUGAGUGUUCUACCCAGUGUGAGUAUAUAUAACUUUAGAUACCCAACAACUGAAGAACUGAAAACUUAUACCACCCAACUUGAAGACCUCCGUCAAGAAGCAAAUAAUCUUCAGACACAGGAAAACGUGUCAGAAGAAACAUACGCAAAUUUGGAUAAGAAAUUACUUGAACUCUUUCUGACCCUCAGUCAGUGCCUGGGCAGUGUGGAGGAGAUGCUGCAGACCCCUUGGCUCUUGAGAGGGGAUGUCGGUGCCCAGCAGGUGCACUACGAGACUCUGGCUCUUGAGUUGAAAAAACUUUGCUUAGCUGUGAGUGACAAGAAGAAUGAUAUUUCAAAAGCCAUGACUUGGCCUGGCAAGAACGCCAACCUGUUCCUUGACUGUUUUGAUAACCUCCAAGUCUACCUGGAGCACAUCCAGGCUACAACUGCCUCUAGGAGCAAGUCCCUGAAAGCUGGCCUCGACUAUAACCGCAGUUAUCAGAAUGAAAUAAAGCGAUUAUAUGAUCAACUUACUAAGAAUAAAACAUCUUUACAACAAUCUCUGAAUGAAAUUAGUGGCCAGAGUAUUGAUGAACAGCUUCAGAAAGCAGAUGCAUAUACAGUGGAGCUGCAGAACUCUGAGAGCCGAGUGGCAAAACUAAGAGACGAAGGGGAGAGGCUUCAUUUACCUUCUGUUCUACUCCAGGAGGUUUACAAAUUAGAGGAUGUACUUGACAGAAUGUGGGGAAUCCUGAGAGCCAGAUACACAAAACUCAGCAGCCCUUUCAUCACUGAGAGCCAGCAAGAUGCUUUGUUGCAAGGCAUGGUAGAACUGGUGAAUAUCGGAAAGGAAAAUCUUGCUCAUGACCACUUACAACAAACCAAAAGUAAAGUUGCCUUACAGGCUCAAAUACAAAAUCACAAGCUUUUUUUCCAGAAGCUUGUUGCUGACAUGCUGUUGAUCCAAACAUACUCCAACAAAAUGCUUCCUUCUUUAUUGCAAAAGAAAGAGACAUUUUGGGCAGAACAAGUAAAGGAAGUUAAAUUGCUAGAAGAAAAGUCACACCAGUGUGGAAUAAAGCUGCAAAGUUUAUUGCAGAAAUGGGAAGAAUUUGAUGAAAACUAUGCAUCUCUUGAAAAGGACCUGGAAAUUCUUGUAUCUACGUUACCCUCUGUGAGUUUGGUGGAAGAGACGGAGGAAAGAUUAAUGGAAAGGAUUUCAUUUUACCAGCAAAUAAAAAGAAACAUCGAUGAGAAGCAUGCCCGGCUUUACCAGACUGUGAAUGAAGGCAAACAGCUGGUGGUCUCCGUGAGCUGUCCUGAACUGGAGGGCCAGAUUGCAAAACUGGAAGAGCAGUGGUUGUCCCUAAACAAAAAAAUUGAUCAUGAACUACACAGACUACAAACGCUUCUCAAGCAUCUGCUCAGUUAUAACAGAGAUUCAGAUCAGUUAACCAAGUGGUUGGAAUCUUCUCAGCAAACUCUGAACUACUGGAAAGAGCAGUCCCUCAAUGUGUCUCAGGACUUGGACACAAUCAGAAGCAACAUAAACAAUUUUUUUGAGUUUUCAAAGGAACUUGAUGAAAAGUCCUCCUUGAAAACUGCAGUUCUAAGUACUGGGAACCAACUUCUUCACCUGAAAGAAGCUGACACGGCGACACUGAGAGCUUCUUUAGCACAGUUUGAACAAAAGUGGACAAUGCUCAUAACUCAGCUUCCUGACAUCCAAGAAAAACUUCACCAGCUUCAGAUGGAGAAAUUGCCAUCUCGUAAAGCAAUAACAGAAAUGAUUAACUGGAUGAGCAACGUGGAACAUCAAACUGCAGAUGAAGACUCUGGGCAUUCACUGAGUUCUGCAUCUCAAGUUAGAAAUCUUCUUCACAAGUACAAGGAGUUUAGAAUGGAAAUGGACUAUAAACAAUGGAUAGUUGACUUUGUUAACCAGUCAUUACUUCAGUUAAGCACCUGUGAUGUAGAAAGUAAGCGCUAUGAGAGAACAGAGUUUGCAGAGCAUCUCGGAGAGAUGAACCGCCAAUGGCACCGGGUCCACGGAACACUGAAUGGAAAGAUACAACAAUUAGAACAACUUUUGGAAAGUAUCACUGAGAAUGAAAACAAAAUACAGAUUCUGAACAACUGGAUGGAGGCACAAGAGGAGAGACUGAACACUUUACAAAAACCUGAAAGUGUGAUCUCGGUGCAGAAGACACUCCUGGAUUGUCAGGAUAUAGAAAAUCAACUUGCAAUUAAAUCCAAAGCAUUGGAUGAAUUGAGACAAAGUUACCUGACUUCAGAGAGUGGGACAAUGCCAUUGCUGGAAGAUACAGCAUCCAAAAUUGAAGAGUUAUUUCAAAAGAAAAACAGUGUUAUCAGCCAGGUCAAUGAGCUCAAGACCUCCAUGCAGUCUGUUUUACAGGAGUGGAAGAUUUAUGAUAAACUCUAUGAUGAAGUGAAUAUGAUGACGAUCCGAUUCUGGUACUGCAUGGAACACAGCAAACCUGUGGUUUUAUCAUUAGAGGCCUUAAGAUGCCAGGUGCAGAACCUUCAGACUCUUCAAGAGGAAACUGAGAGCAGUGAAGGGAGUUGGAAGAAACUCCAGGAGGUUAUUGGAAAACUCAAAGAUUACUGCCCCUCAGUUGCUGAAAUAAUUCAAGAGAAAUGCCAAAAUACUCACACAAGGUGGACGCAGGUAAACCAAGACAUUGCAGACCAGUUGCAGAGGGCCCAGAGCCCGCUACAGCUCUGGAAGGCAUAUAACAGUGCUCACGCUGAAGCUGCAGCAAGACUGGAGCAGCAGGAAGCAAAGUACCAACAGCUCGCAAACAUCAACACAUCUGGAAACAACCUGGCAGAGAUCCUGCCCCCAGCCCUGCGGGACGUAAAGGAGCUGCAGCAUGAUGUGCAGAAGACAAAAGAAGCCUUUCUCCAAGAUUCCACUCUCCUGGAUCGACUCCCACAGCCUGCAGAGCCCAACACCCACCUGCUCCUCUCUGGUCAAAUGCACUCCCUCCAGAGGGCUUCCUACUUGGAAAAGAUGCUGCUUAUGAAAACAAAUGAAUUUAAGUUUGUUCUAUCACAGUUCAAGGAUUUUGGGGACCAGUUGGACUCUUUAAAAAGUCUCAUUACGCAUGAAGAAGAGAAUUUGGAUAAACUCUACCAGCAAGAAAAAGAAGGAAAUCCUGACUUAUUCCUGAAUCAUGUGCUGGCACUGACAGCCCAGUCACCUGAUAUUGAGCAUUUGAAUGAAGUAAGCCUCAAGCUCCCACUUAGUGACGUAGCUGUCAAGACAUUACAGAAUGUGAACCGGCAAUGGAUUCGGGCCACGGCGACAGCACUGGAACGCUGCAGUGAACUUCAGGGGAUUGGAUUGAAUCAAAAGUUCCUUUAUUGCUGUGAAAAGUGGGUCCAGCUUUUGGAGAAGAUAGAAGAGAUGCUCAAGGUGAACAUUGCUGACAGCCUCCCUGCUCUCCUGGAACAGCAGAAAACGUAUGAGAUGUUAGAAGCUGAAGUUUCUAUAAACCAGACAAUUGCUGACUCUUACGUCACCCAGUGCUUACAACUCCUGGACACAGCAGAAAUAGAGAAGAGACCGGAAUUUGUUUGGAAGUUCACAAGGCUGAAGGAGCGGUGGCAGAGCGCCGCCCAGGGCGUUCGGCAGAGGAAGAGUGACAUCGAUGAGCUGGUGAGCCAGUGGCAGUACUUCACCACCUCCGAGGGGGACUUGCUCCGCCUCCUCGCCUACACCAGCCACCUGCUAUCUGCAGUGAAGAGCCAGGACUGCUACAGCCUCCACCAAACAAGAAGUCUGAUCCAUGAGCUGAAGAAUAAAGAAAUCCAUUUCCAGAGGUGGCAGACAACCUAUGCACUAACCUUGGAAGCUGGGGGAAAGUUACUGAACACAACUCACCUGGAAACUAAAGAGUCAAUUGACAAGAGAAUCAGUCAACUUCAGGACAACUGGAAGGACACAAAACUCCAACUAGGAGAGAUGAUUAAACAGUUCCAGAGCAUUGCAGAGACCUGGGACCAGUGUGAAAAGAAAAUCAAGGAGUUGAGAAACAGGUUGCAAGUUUUAAAGGCACAAAGUAAAGACCCUCUUCCAGAACUUCAUGAGGAGCUCCAUCGAGAAAAAGAGCUGAUUAAGGAACUAGAGAAGUCUUUGGCUAACUGGACUCAGAACUUGAAAGAACUUCACACUAUGAAGACCGACCUAACCCAGCACAUUCUUGUGGAGGACGUAAUGGUUUUGAAAGAGCAAAUAGAGCAUUUGCACAGACAAUGGGAGGACCUCUGCUUAAGAGUGGCUAUACGCAAACAGGAGAUAGAAGACAGACUCAAUUCGUGGAUUGUGUUCAAUGAAAAAAAUAAAGAGUUGUGUGCAUGGCUGGUGCAGAUGGAAAACAAAGUUCUCCAGACAGCAGAUAUUAGUAUUGAAGAAAUGAUUGAAAAGCUUCAGAAGGACUGCAUGGAAGAAAUAAAUGUGUUUAGUGAAAACAAGUUACAGUUAAAACAAAUGGGCGACCGGUUGAUCAAGGCCAGCAACAAGACAAGAGCAGCUGAGAUCGAUGACAAGCUCAACAAAAUUAACGACCGUUGGCAACAUCUUUUUGAUGUCAUUGGAUCAAGGGUGAAGAAGCUGAAGGAGACCUUUGCUUUUAUUCAGCAGUUAGACAAAAACAUGAGCAACCUUCGCACCUGGUUGGCUCGGAUCGAGUCUGAGCUUUCUAAGCCUGUGGUUUAUGAUGUCUGUGAUGAUCAAGAGAUCCAGAAGAGGCUCGCUGAACAGCAGGACCUGCAGCGAGACAUAGAACAGCACAGUGCAGGGGUGGAGUCUGUGUUUAACAUCUGCGACGUCCUCCUGCACGACUCCGAUGCCUGUGCCAACGAGACUGAGUGCGACUCCGUCCAGCAGACCACCAGGAGCCUGGACAGGCGCUGGAGGAACAUUUGCGCCAUGUCCAUGGAGCGCCGGAUGAAAAUUGAGGAGACAUGGCGGCUCUGGCAGAAGUUUUUAGAUGAUUACUCCCGCUUCGAGGACUGGCUCAAGUCCGCCGAGAGGACGGCGGCCUGCCCGAAUUCCUCCGAGGUGCUGUACACCGUGGCCAAAGAAGAGCUGAAGAGGCUUGAGGCCUUCCAGCGGCAGAUCCACGAGAGGCUCACGCAGCUGGAGCUCAUCAACAAGCAGUACCGGCGGCUGGCCCGCGAGAACCGCACCGACACGGCCAGCAAACUGAAGCAGAUGGUGCACGAGGGCAACCAGCGCUGGGACAACCUCCAGAAGCGGGUCACAGCCAUCCUGCGGAGACUCCGACAUUUCACCAACCAAAGGGAAGAAUUCGAGGGGACCAGGGAGAGCAUUCUGGUGUGGCUCACGGAGAUGGACCUGCAGCUGACCAACGUGGAGCACUUCUCGGAGAGCGACGCCGACGACAAGAUGCGCCAGCUGAACGGUUUCCAGCAGGAAAUUACACUAAAUACCAACAAGAUUGAUCAGCUCAUCGUUUUUGGGGAGCAGCUCAUUCAGAAGAGCGAGCCCCUGGACGCCGUGCUGAUUGAGGAUGAGUUGGAGGAGCUGCACCGCUAUUGCCAGGAAGUGUUUGGCAGGGUCUCCCGAUUCCACCGGCGGCUCACCUCCCACGCGUCGGGCUUGGAAGAUGAAAAGGAAGCCUCUGAGAAUGAAACGGACGUGGAAGACCCCAGAGAGAUCCAGGACGACUCUUGGCGUAAAAGGAGAGAGAGCGAGGAGCCCUCGUCCCCUCAGUCCCUUUGUCACCUGGUGCCCCCGGCGCCAGGGCCCGAGCGCUCCGGCUGUGAGACCCCCGUGAGCGUGGAUUCCAUCCCGCUGGAGUGGGAUCACACAGGUGACGUGGGGGGCUCCUCCUCUCACGAAGAAGACGAGGAGGGCCCAUACUACAGUGCGCUGUCAGAUGUAGAAAUCCCUGAAAAUCCUGAGGCAUAUCUUAAAAUGACCACAAAAACUUUGAAAGCGUCUUCUGGUAAAUCCAUUUCUGAAGGCCACUCGUGGCAUGUUCCUGACAGCCCUCCCUGCCGCAAGCGUCGCUACAAACAAAUGGGAGGUGACAGGAAUGUCCAACCCAUCCCCUCCGAUUCCAGCACCCCUUAUAAACCAGCCUACGUAAAGCUGCUGUUGUCUCCAGGGACUGAAGGUGGCAAAGAAGAGCCAAGAGUCCCGACCGGCGGCCCACAGCAGGAGGACGAGGGCCUGGCUUCUCUCACUGGGCAGCAGUCAGGUGCCUUUGAUAGAUGGGAGUUGAUCCAAGCGCAAGAACUUCACAGUAAACUCAGAAUAAAACAGAACUUGCAGCAGCUGAACUCUGAUAUCAGCGACAUCACCACGUGGCUGGAAAAAACUGAAGCAGAGCUGGAAACAUUAAAGCUGGCAAAGCCUCCCUCUGAUAUGCAGGAAAUGGAGCUCCGAGUGAAGAGGCUGAAGGAGAUACUAAAAGCCUUCGACACCCACAAGGCCUUAGUGGUUUCUGUCAACGUGAGCAGCAAGGAAUUUCUGCAAGCUGAGAGCACCGACUCCAAAGAGCUCCAGGAUAGAGUCGGCCAGCUGCGGCUGCGCUGGGACGCGGCCCAGGGUGCGGUGGAGAGCUGGAGAGAGGGCUUACGGCUGUCGCUCAUGCAGUGCCAGGACUUUCACCAGCUGAGUCAAAGCCUGCUGCUGUGGUUAGCGAGCGCCGAGAGCCGGAGGCAGAAGGCUCGUGUCACUGACCCAGAGGCAGACCCCCGGCCCCUCCUGGCAUGUCGCGAGGAGCUCCUGCAACUGGAAAAGGAGCUAGUGGAGCGUCAACCUCAAGUAAACUCCUUACAAGAGAUUUCCAGCAGCCUGCUUAUCAAGGGGCACAGAGAAGACUACAUUGAGGCUGAAGAGAAAGUCCAUGUUAUUGAGAAGAAACUCAAACAGUUGCUUGAGCAAGUGUCCCAAGACUUAGUGUCCUUGCAGCGAAGCCAGACUAUUCAGAGCCUUCUGCUUCCCCGAACUGAACUCUUGGGGUGUGGAUUUCAGAACCCAGACUCACCUCUGCCCAGCUUGGACGAAGCAGACCCCGGAGAGCCUCCAGCAACACCUCUGCCAGCUCCCCAAGCCAAGCAGUUCAGAGCAGAGAUAACUACAAAAGACAAGAACAAGACAGCCAGCAGGGCGCCCAGCCCCGCCGGCCCUGAAAGCUCGCGGCCCGCGCGCUCCUUCGUCUCGCGGGUGAUCAGGGCGGCGCUGCCCCUCCAGCUGCUCUUGCUGCUGCUGCUGUUCCUGGCCUGCCUGCUGCCCUCCUCCGAAGAGGACUACAGCUGCACUCAGGCCAACAACUUUGCCAGGUCCUUUUACCCCAUGCUGCGGUACACCAACGGGCCACCCCCCACCUAGAGGCCGCCCGGCCGCAGCACCACCCCCACCAGCCUCUGCGCAGUGCCCGACUCACAGCCCCAGACCCAUCUGUGGGUGACUCUGAGCAUUGGUCCAGGGACCACCUGCUGCAGACACCUCCCUCUGGGCGUGACCGGAGAGAGCUCUCUCAGGACCCAGGGCAGCUUUCAAAUGAUCUUCCCCCAGGGCAGGGAACCUGGGCGGCCCAUCACCCCGGACAGUUUGGCAAAGCUUAGUUGAUGAUUGGUUUCGGGAUGUCUGGAAACUGCAGUUUCCCGAAGAGCCAAGCACUUUGUGAAUUCUGAUUUGUCAAACCACAUUAUUAACAUGUAGUGAAUAUGGUCAGUGAACAGUAGUGUUCAUCACAUAAUACACGUUACAGAAACAAGCAAGCAGAGUCCACCUCAGAAAUGGUUCAGAAACUCACACGCACCCCUGGCUGAUUGAUUGAAACAAUCAUAUGUAAAAUGUUUAGAGUUAAUUUUACUUCAAUCAGCAGCAAUCUUGGAGCUACAGGUUAUAAAACCAAAAUGUUCUGCUCAGUACUUAGGUCUGCUCUUUUAUAUUGCUUUAAAUUUUUAAAGAAAUUAUAUUGCAUGGAUGUGGUUAUUUGUGCAUAUUUUUUAACAAUGCAGAAUCUGUAUGAAUAAUGUAAACUUUGAUUUUUUAAAAAAAAAUCAGAUUUUAGCUUGAGCUUUUUGACUAAUGUACAGUAAAUGCCAAACAAACAAACUACAGACUUGAUAGGGACAUUUUUGUAAGUUAAUUUUAUAAGACUUUUCACAUUUAAAGUGGUGCUUCAGGUUUUGUUUAACUGUUUGGCCACGGGCGGGUGGGGGGUUGGUCCAGAGACUUGAAGCUGUUUGUUUGUGGUAUGUACAACUCAGAUGUUUCUCAUUAAAAGAAGAAAACAAAAAAGCCAUACUUUUGUCGUACUAGAUUAUAUUACAAAGCAAUUAAACGUUAUGUGUAAU